GGUGCGCUGUGUCCCUCAGACACAGAGGAUCACCGAUCACGGAAAGAGCCUGUCAUGUGAUCAGCUGUGCCCAAUCACAGCUGAUCACAUGGCACUGAUGAUCAGUGUGCCCUGAUGAUCAGUGUAGCCCCAGCAGCACCACCUGUCAGUGUGCAUCAGUGCCUUGUGUCAGUGCUCAUCAGUACCUCGUGCCAGUGCCCAUCAGUGCCACAUCAAUGCCACAUAUCAGUGCCUACCAGUGCACAUCAAUGCCACAUAUCAGUGACCAUCUGAGCUGCCUUUCAGUGUCACCCAUCAAUGCCAGUCAGUGCCACCUAUCAGUUCUGCCAAUCAGUGCCGCCUAUCAGUGCCAGUCAGUG